UGUUAGUGGUGGAGGACGGCGGCUCCUUCCGUGUCAGGAGUCGAGGAGGAGGAGCAGCUGCUCACAGAAACCACACAGACUGACUUCAGCCAUUAACACUCAGAGCCUGGCUUCUCCCCGUUUGUUUUGCUUUAAGAAAAAUGGUCGUUUUGACAAAGAAUGAAGAACAGGAUUAUAUCCUGAUAGAGGAGCGUAAAUGCACCUCCCUGCCCAGCUCUCCAGCCAAGCGAGGGUCUCCCACCAAAAAGAAGCAGUUCUUUAUCAACCAAGCCAUCCGCAACUCUGACCUCAUUCCUCGAGCCAAAGGCAAGAAGAGCCUCCGGCGACAGGAGAACACACGCUUUCUUGCUAAUCUUCUUGAGAAGGAUGAGUGCUCCAAAGAUGAUCUGGAAGUGUGCAGUAACCCAGCGAUCCCAUCCAUCUUUACUGAAGCCUGCACCAACGGAAACUACAUAGAGCCAUGGAAUGACUUCAUGAAUUGCUCCGGUGAGGAGCAGGAGAAGCUGCUGUCUCUGCUGGAGCAGGAGGAGGCCAAGAAGAAAAUCACCAAAAGGCCCCUCAAGGACGAGAGGAAUAUAAAUCCUGCCUUCACUGCUCAGGACUGCUUCCAGAGAAUCGAUCGCAGGCUGCGAGCGACUCUUCGACGGAAACAAAUCCCCAUGGGAACUCUGGAAGUACUUGAGGAAAACCUGCUGAGCUUCUUCAUCGCUCAACCUCACUCAGUUUACACAACCAACCUCGCCAGCAGCUUUGAGAGACUGCUGCUUCAUGCCGUCUGCCAGUAUAUGGACCUCGUCUCUGCAAGCUCAGACUACAACAGGUCACGUCAGACUGAAGUGGUGAACAAACAAGAUGAGUUUUUACCUCCUACACUUCUGCUGUCAGCCUUCUUGGAGCAGAUGAGCUGAAAUAAGGUCAACACCAUGUUUCCUCCGACCAGCUGUGCUGCAGGCAGGAGCUCUGAGAAAUGUAGAUAAUCUGUGUCGUCGAGGUAAUGUCCGCCAAGCUCGGAAAAUAGAGCUAAAAAAUAGCUUUUUUUCUCUAGUUGGUCCCCGGUUUCUGUAGAAAAUGUUCCAUUCAUUGAAUCCAUAAACACGUCAGAGUUCAUUGGCGCCCUGUAUGUAAACACGGGCAUACAGAAUAGAUGUUACAUGUACAUUAGCAUGUUAGUAUGCUGCAGAUAGCGUUCAGCUCAAAGCACAGCGUACAUUAGUGUACAACAAAGUACAACGUGCCUUGCUUUGAGAAUAACCUUCUGAUUUAGGUCACAUGACCUCUCCUGCUCGUCCUCAGGUCACAUUUUACUUUUGUCUGCCCCACUGGGAAAGAUCGAUGAGCAGAGCAAAUCUGUGUAUAAUAUGUUAAACACAGCAUCACACAGCUGCGUGGCUCUAAUGCCGUUUCCUUACUGCAUUUGGAUUUAUGUGAAUUCCCUUUAACAGGUUUUAAGUUAACUCAUUAACAUACUAAUAUUAUGACGAAUGUAUUAAUAACACAACCUGAUUUGUGGAAUUCACUAUAAAGAGCAUGUGGUACAAGCGAAUACCAUUUCAUACAAAACCAGAAUGUCAGGUAUGGAAGCACAUUUACACACUAUGAUGAACAAAUUAAUUAAAUAUCUCAUAAUUAUGAGAUACUAUCUCAUAAUUUUGACUUACUAUUUCAUAAUUAUUUGACUUUUAAUUAAGUCAUCCAUAAUAGUCAGACAUAAUUAAGUCAUUAUUAUGAGAAAGUAUCUCAUACUUAUGUUAGUAAACAGUUAGUUAACUUAGGUUAAUAAACCGUUCAUCCACGCUGUGCCUUUCUAUGGUGCAUAUGAUAGAAUAUCACAUAUCAUUAAGUUUAGACUACAUUAAAUAUGACUUUUUAGUAUUUAUUCCUAAAGACAUGUUAUGUCUGUUCCACACAUUGAUUCAAUAUGACUAAUGGCAACAGUCCCACCCCUGCUGUUUGGUGAGAACUAGAUAGGGAUCUCAUAUUUAAUAUUUAUUUUUAACAAAGCACCAAGUCACAAAAAUACAUAAAGACAAUAUCCCAAUAAUAAUUGAAAAUGUAGUUGAAACUAGUUCUCAGCUUUGUGUUGCUAAUGAUGAAUGACAUUUUGCAAAGGUGCUAAACGGAGGAAUGUAUCAGGAAACGCGUUACUGCCCGAAGGACUAGCCUGUAGGAUUUGUGAAAGUGGUGAGGUGUGAAGCAUGAUUAUUAAUAAUCUUUACAUAUGCACAGACACGUCUCAUCAUCGUAGGUAAAGAAGUACAUGUCUGUCGUCAAGGCUGUGAAACAACCACUUGUUGUAGGCUUGGCAAGUAAUAUCUGUAAUAUGUGUGAAAAGAAAACUCUUAAAAGUACAAUUACUUGUGCGUUUUCUCUCCGUGUAUCGGUCUCUGCCCGCUCCGUCAGUCUUAUCAGCUCGUCUACACCUUCAUCAUCUGAAAGAUACAUUUCAACCAACCAGACUGUCUGUGUCCAUCCAGGAGCCACUGGGUUAGUUUGCCCACUUACAAGCUAAAGUACACGAUUGUAUGUCAGCACCGAGGCUGAGCAGGUCCAGGUAGCCGUGGUGUGAAUGUUACUUCAGUAAUGGUCAAUAAUACAACAUAUGGAACUAUACUGUCAGCAAAAACUGCUAAUAGCCCUGUACUUUUAGAUGUUUCCAUGUAUUUCUUAUUACAUGCACAGUGUUCAAAACAAAAAAGCGUCCUUUUUACUUAAUGUUGUAUGUUUUAAAGGUAUACUGGAUGUGCAGUAGAUGUGUUGCAUUGGUAGAAUAAUAAUAUGUUUUGAUGGUAAAAACAUUAACAUUUACAACCCGGAACAGCACUUCUGCCUUAUGAAUACAAGUUUCUAUGUUUAUUUUCUGUACAUAUAUUUCUACAUUUCUACUUGACUGGAUUUGGGAAACCAAAAAAAACAACCUUCACCCAGAUUUGAUUUUAAUUUUAUCAUUGACAGUGUAACAAAACUUGACCUGUUGGUGCAUUCUGUCGACAACCAAAGUUUGUGUUUUAUUUGUGUGGAAAUCCAAUUUCUCAGGCUCUCAACUUCUCACUCUGAAUGUCGUUUAUCUCACAUGGGGUCAUUUUCUGUGUACUUUUUAAACCCAUGUAGUAGUAGUGCUUUAAAAAUUGACCUGUGCCAACAUUUGGAUUUUAAAAAAGCAUAAAAUAGUCUAAAAGCUUUAUACACUACACACACAUAUCUUACAUGUGCGUGCUACAAUACCUAUUUAUAAUUAUCGCUGCAUCUAUUAAAGGGUUUAAGAUGUG